AUGUAUCGACAUCCAAUUUUAGAUCUCUUGAGUCCAAUCUGUACACAGCAGGUACAGAUCUUCUCACGUGGAGCUAACUGUCGGUGGCACUGUGGGAGACUCUUGGUAUUCCCUGCCAGGUCGGAGUUCUUUCAACUGAUCCUCCUGCAGCGCCGAACUCUCAGCAAGAACGCUUCGUUCUAUGGUCUGCCAGUAGAAAUGUACCGCUUGAAGAGCGAUUUCUUGUGCACAUCCUUCACCCAAGGGCAUACAGACAUUGUUCUGCUUGAUAUACAGCUUCAAAGACUCCAGAACCUGCACAGGUGCCCGAAGCCAUCUUGUUGUGAAGUUGAUAUCAUCUCUGACGGUGAUGAGGUCACAGCCGGGACAAAUAUCCUCAGUCACCAGAUUGUAGCGUUAGAUCAACGACAGCGGCAUCACAGACCAGUCAACACCAACACCAGCUGUGACGCCGACCUACGUGCUCCCCAGCCACGGUUGUAUGUGGACCAUACGCUGAUGUCGGUUGAAUCCGCCUCAAGUGAUAGCCCGUCUAGAGAGCUGGCAGAAUGUCAAGAGAACGCGGAGUGCAUCACCGGGCUGACAGGAGAUUAUGUUUGUGCCCAGUUCACGUGAUUGGAGGCUUAAUCGGAUGGGCACUGGGCACCAAACGUUAGUGGCAGAACGUGAGGUAGUUGUGAUCGAUGUCUUCUACAGAUACGACGGUGUCGUCACCCUCCAAAAUCUCCCUACUGUUGAUGACGUCGUGCAGACUGUAAGGUGCCUGUUCAGGAAGGAAAAGAAUGCCCUAGUGUUUGAUCUUCUCCUUCUGGGAACACCGCUUCAUCAUGUGCUACACUGCUCAAUAGAACACCUGCUUGUUUGUGGAAUUAAUCUCUCAUGUCAUGACAAGUUGACUUCAGUAAUAUAUAAACAUGGUUCUACAAGUACUCCAGAGUAGGAUGUAUACACAUUGCAAUCAACACCAGGUGUCUCUGUGAAAGGGUUUCUCACGAAAGAAUAAUAAACUAUUCGAUAUCUUGUACUGAAAACCCCUCGCAUAAAAUAAAGUAUUUCCCAAUAUCUAUCUAUUUCAAACAGUUACUAAUGGAACAGAUCCAGAUGACAGUCCCAGAGGUUAAAAACGUUAUUUCCAGUGGAACUUUCAGAGUACUCUGUAUUAUCUCUGAAUCUACGGAAAGUGCUGAGAUAUUAUCUGAAGCACCGAGCUUCUUGCUAUUGUCAUCGUUAAACAUUCCACCUUUGUGGUUCCAUAGGCUGACCGCGGCCGUCAGUUCUGUUAUUCAUGUGCCGACAAGUUGGAAAGGUUGAAAUACUGCGUGAGGCCCUGUCCACCAUAAGUAUAAACAUAUGAAUAUAGCAGUUUUAGGAGAUCCCUACCACCGAUAAGAUUGACAGGGCAAUAUACUUCAGCUUAUAAGAUGUCGAAGAGAGACCAUGCCACACACAGGAACAUUCAAGGUUUUGGUGCUGAAUAUGACCAUGCUGUUCUAAAGACUGGAACUUACAGAUUAUUGGUGGGGAAUAUGACCAUGCUGUUCUAAAUACUGGAACUUACAGAUUAUUGGUGGGGAAUAUGACCAUGCUGUUCUAAAGACUGGAACUUACAGGUCAUUGGUGGGGAAUAUGACCAUGCUGUUUUAAAUACUGGAACUUACAGAUUAUUGGUGGGGAAUAUGACCAUGCUGUUCUAAAGACUGGAAC